AUGCUGGUUAUGGUUUGUAGAGCUAUAGAUUGUGGUGGAAAUUGGAUUGCAAAUACUAUCAUUGUUGACCAACAUAAAAAAGGAUCGUUCGUAACAAUACAAGCUGCUAUUGAUUCUAUAAACAACCAAAAUAAAAAUUGGGUUAUGAUUAAUAUCAGUCCUGGCAUAUACAACGAAAAAGUUCACAUACCCUUUGAAAAGCCAUGCAUUAUUUUAAAAGGAUGGGGUAGGAAUGCCACAACCAUUACUUACAAUGAUUCAUUUCAAAAUAUGGGUACAUCUUUGAGCGCUUCAUUCAUUUCAUCUCCACCUAAUGUUGUUGUGAGUGGUAUUACAUUCAAGAACACAUAUGGAUCUAAUGGACCCGCAGUUGCAGUUAAUAUAUAUGGCGAUAAAUCUGCUCUAUAUGAAUGUAGUUUCAUUGGUUAUCAAGAUACAUUGCUUAUAACAAGCGGACGCUCUUAUUUCAAAAAUUGUUUUAUUCAAGGAGAAGUAGAUUUUAUUUGUGGUGAAGGCCAAAGUUAUUUUGAGAAUUGUGUGAUAAAUGCUGUACAAGAGAAAGGAAAGCCCAUUGGUUUUGUGACAGCACAACAUAGAAACUCACCAAAAGAUUCUAACGGUUUUGUUUUUAGAGGAGGGUCUGUUGUUGGGACUGGUAAUGUGAAUCUUGGAAGACCUUGGGGCCCUUAUGCAAGAGUUAUAUUUUGGGAAACUUAUUUUUCAUCAGUAGUAACUCCCCAAGGAUGGGAUAUUUGGAAUUUAAAACCCACGCAAGAGCGUGAUAUCACAUUCGAAGAAGUUAAUUGUAGAGGACCGGGAGCCAAUACUAAAAACCGUGUUAAAUGGGAGAAGCAACCAAAUAAAUUAAAUUUAUAUAAAUUUACUUUAAAAUCUUUUAUAGAUUACGAUGGAUGGCUCGCCAACAUACCAUUUUUUAGAUAA